AUCAAUCCGUGAUCGAUCAAAAGCACCGCCACUGCACAGCUAGCUAGAUCUUGCACCAAAUGUUAAAAAUUUCGCCAUAGGAUAGGCAACGGGGACUUGUGGCGUGGAUUCUGCGUACAUAAACGCUCGUUCAUGUAUACUCGUAACCAAAAAGGUGAACCAUCAGUUGUAAGUGCCAGCGGUGCUGUGUAUUGGCCGAUAAAUGGUGAUGGCAUUGGGGUCAAUUCGAAAACCGUUGUCAAUAAACUCUCCGCCACUUGUCGCAUCCGGUACUCAUUGAUCUUGGGCACUCCUUCCGAAGUUAAACAAUUCUACGCAACUACGAACGGCCACAGAAGUAGAACAUGGUGUAUAUAUGCCACCGUGUCAUGCCAUGCCCAUUACUCUUGGGGGGAAGUCGAUUUCGCUUCCCACAGAGAGCUUCAGUCCGGACCCUACUGAUUCAUCAGACAACACCUUCUAUUGGUGCUAUCCACGCCAAUAUUUGAUAGUCUUGGAGGAUAGUCUUGGAGGUCGGUCUUAGCUGGUCUAGAGCUGUCCUCGCUGACU